UGUAGGUCAACCUCACACUGCCACGCUGGGCACCUCUCCUCUGAACAGCACAAGACCGCCGGACGUUGUUGCCAACGCUGCAGCAGAUUUUCUGCCAUUGACUUUUGGGACUGAGCUUGAGCCGGGUCCUCACAACUGCAUCAUUCAUCCGUAGCCGGCGCCACGGACGCCCGUGGGAGAUCCACCGCAGCGCAGCACCUCGACGCCAGACCUUUUGUUUGAAGCUCUCUGUCCGCUGCCUGAGACGCACUUUCCAGGCCAGAAGCACACCAGACACCGCUUCUCCAGCAGUUCGCUGCCCCCGUCAUCCCAGUCGCCGCGUCGUGUCCUGCUCCAAUUGGCCGUGUGCACCACGCCGACCACGCUACAUGUCGAGCAGAGCCGCUUCAGCACCACGACACCACUCGGCCAGUCGAUAUGGCACGACACGUCACCCCCACCGCACUCUGGGCGCCGUGAGACCCGCCAUCCUCACCGCCGCGCGACUCUGUCUGGUUCCGCUCGUCAGCGCUGCGCCGGUGCACCUGUUCGGCGGCAACACCAUCCACACAUACGAGACGGACGACGACCUUCCGCGCGACGCGGACGAUCCGAGCUUAUGGAUAUACCUCUCCGUGGCAGUGUUCCUGGUGCUGCUGGGCGGAGUCUUCGCUGGUCUGACGAUUGCCUUGAUGGGACAGGAUGAGACGUAUCUUCAAGUCAUAGCCACCAGCGGAGAUGGCAGCGAGAAGAGACACGCGGCCAAGGUGCUCGCGCUGUUGAACAAGGGCAAGCAUUGGGUCUUGGUGACUUUGUUGCUGAGCAAUGUUAUCACCAACGAGACGCUGCCCAUUGUGCUGGAUCGCAGCUUGGGCGGAGGCUGGCCGGCUGUUGUGAGCAGUACCGUGUUGAUUGUGAUUUUCGGUGAGGUCGCACCUCAGUCGGUAUGCGUGCGCUAUGGACUCUCUAUCGGAGCAUUCAUGGCGCCCGCAGUCCUCACCCUCAUGUGGAUCAUGUCGCCAGUUGCAUGGCCAACCGCGAAGCUUCUCGAUUACUUGUUGGGAGAAGAGCAUGGGACAAUGUACAAAAAGGCAGGAUUGAAGACGUUGGUCACUUUGCACAAGACUCUGGGUGGAGGAGCGGGCGAGCAACUUAUGGAGGACGAAGUCACCAUCAUCAACAGUGUAUUGGACCUGAAAGACAAGCCGGUGGGAGAUAUCAUGACGCCCAUGCAAGACGUCUUCACAAUGAGCGCCGACACCGUGCUGGACGAGGUUAUGAUGGACACCAUUCUGAGCCAGGGCUACUCGCGCAUACCGAUUUACGCGCCCGACAACGCGAGAAAUUUCAUCGGAAUGCUUCUGGUCAAGAUUCUGAUUACAUACGACCCCGAGGACUGCAAACGAGUACGCGAUUUCGCACUGGCGACACUUCCCGAAACUGCACCAACGACAUCAUGCCUGGACAUUAUCAACUUUUUCCAGGAAGGCAAGAGCCAUAUGGUGCUCGUAUCUGACUUCCCCGGUCAAGACAAAGGCGCUCUUGGAGUGGUGACAUUGGAAGAUGUGAUCGAGGAACUGAUCGGAGAGGAGAUCAUUGACGAGUCUGACGUCUUCGUGGACGUCCACAAGGCAAUUCGUAGAAUGGCCCCCGCACCGAAGACGCGCUUCCGAGGCCGCCCAUCGGAAGGAGGCAAUGUUUUGACUGACACCGAUGAUGAUCACAGAGAGUACAGCGAGAACGAACCUCUCCUCGGCAAGAAAGAGGGCGACAAGUCACGCAAUGCAAGUCUUGCAAACGGUCAGACGACGUUCAUGAUGCGUAGGAAGAGCAGUGCGGCUUCUGACCAUGCUCAAGACAAACUUAGACCAGUGCCUGUGCGCAGUCAUCCAUCGGACUUGAAAGAGCAUCUUAAGCAUCUGGGCCCAAGCAACGCUGCUAGUCAUCCCAAAUCGACGAAGUUCACCAGUGUCAAGAUCAAGCCUGGCGUCAGCACGAUUCCAGAGAACAAACCGAUUUUGUCUGGCACUGUUCACGAGGAGCCGAACAAACUCGAUCCGAAUCAUCCACAGGUCGACCAUGCCGUAGACGCGUUGACGAGAGCUGGCUCACAUCGAGGUGCUUCUGGAGGCGCAGCAGCGGUAUACGGCACUAUGAAUGCGAGUCCACAGCGGCGCUUGAGUUCUCCUGAGUCUUCGCGCAUGACAGUACAAGAGGCGAAUAAGCUGGCGGAAGCAAAUGCCUCUCCGACGCCCGUUGGUCAGCGGAAACAGCGAGCAACUAGUCUGGUCGGCCAGGAUGCACAACAGCAAGCUGAGAACGAUGAGAGCAACCAUGCAGACAACGAACAAAGCCGGCGUGCAUCCCAAACCGAGCCAGAGCCACUUAUUCUGCCCGACAAGCUCGUUGUCGGCGAUCAGAAUCAUAAGGAAGAGGAUGAUCAGGUCGCGGAGCUUGGCAAGUCGACAAACGAGGGUACCUGGGGCAAGAAGCGGCUUCAAGCUCGUUCUGGGUCUAUCACAGAGUCGACAAUCGAGAUUGGUGGGAUGCGAAAGGUAGUGCUGGAGACGACCUCAUCUUCCGACGAUGGCUCUGCUUCGAGAAAUGGCAGCGUUUCGCCGCGCACUUCGAGAAAGAGCAGUAGCGAGAAGUCCAAUGGCAAUGAUGGUGCCGCUGACAGCAAGGACAAUGUUGACGCGGAAGAUCACGCUGAGGGCACGACCAACGGCGACAAGAAGAAGCGAAAGAAGCGCGGCAAAAAGAAGAAGGGCUCUUCAGCGGGCGAUUGAUUGCUAAUGAGGAAUGCCGGCUCUUCCGAUUCUUCCGAUUCUACGAAUAGCACUGUCAAAGCAUUAAACGACAACAGAGAAUGUGAACAUAUACGACGCGCUUCGAGUGCAUCUUCAAGAGAUGGCGGUGUGCUGUUAACAGAAGAGAGAUGGUACGAGCGGGAGCAAUUCAAAGUUGGUGGCUGUCUGGCCGAUGGUUGUCUGCAUAGGAAAGAGGACCACGGCGAGUAGUUCCGCUGUCGCUGCUGAUGCAUCAUCGAAACUGCUCUUGCUGGACUUGUAUCGAAUAUGUGGAGGGUCAUUAGCGUGUUCUGUAUAUUACUUGCAACAGCUUCCAGUGUGGUGGGAAGGCUGAGCUGAGCAUAAAAGCAUAACGGACGGCUGAGCAAAUGAGAAUAACUUUUGAGCUGAGGUCGACAUUUCUUGUUGGCUGGCCUUGGUGUCUUUGUGGACUGAUUAUUGCGUUGCGGACAGCGCGGGUGUGCCAUCAAGCCAUCGUUCCGGCCUUCUUUCCCUUUGCUCGCCUCCUUAAACGGGCACAUUCGUUUUCAGGAAUUCCGACUGUCGUCGGAUAUUCUCCUCAUAAGCCGGUAGUCCAGGAUAAACAUCGAAAUGUCCUGCAGAUGGGAAUUCGACCAAUGUCGCGUUCAUCCUUUUCGCCAAUGCAAUCGCAGCUGGUGCCGGGGUGACAUUAUCUACCAAUCCCACGGCAAAGAACGUUGGCAGCUGACUGUUCGCAGCCGUCGCAUCUGGGCUGAAGAACGGCAAUGCCAAUACGAAUCUUGCUGGGAAGACGUUUCCUGGAGCAGGAGGAUUAGGUUGAAUGAAAGCAUAGCCUUCUAAUGCGCCUGCUUGUGUGAGAGCACCGAGUUGGCCUGUACGGUUCGCGAGGGGGAUAUAGAGGGGUUCCUGACCAAGAGUUGCUCGGCCGGCGUCGUCGAGGCCUGCGACAAUUUUGCUAGGAAGGUCCGCGGGAGGGAGAGCAGAAGUCGUCGCAAAACCGUUCACAUGUGGAGCUUGAACGAUUACGGCCGCCAAAUCUGGUCUCCGAGCGCCGAGUUGCAGUACAUGUCCGCCUGAUAACGAAGUUCCCCAGAGAACAAUCCGCUUCCCAUCGACACCUGGAAGAGUCUGGAGGUAAGCUAUGGCAGCUUCAUAGUCGGAUUGUUGACUCGGGACAUCGAUGAGAUUACGUGGUUGGCCGGAUGAUUCGCCCCAGUAGCGGUAGUCGAAGGUUAGAGCAUGGUAGCCUGCUUGGGAGAAGCGUUCGGCGUAGGGUUGGAGGCGGGAGGAUUGGAGGCCUCCGAGGCCGUGGGCGAUUAUAACGGCGGGUGCUGGACGGGCGUUGUUGUUUUGGCGAGAGGGUUUGUAGUGGUAGCCUACGAUUUGGGUGUUGGCGGAGGGGAAGGUUACGCGUUGUUGUGCCAGAGCGCUGAGCGCUA